CACCAGGCUACCCUUCCCUGGCAGGGUGCAGUUUUAGGUCAUGCCCAGGACCAAGAGCCACCUGCUCUGACCUCUAGAUGUUCCAUGCCAUUCAGCCAGGUGAUGUUUCUGCCUGGGCUGGCAGCAGCAAACUACAGCCUUUACAUACCUAGUGUUCCCAAAAUGGCUGCCCUCAUCAGGCACUUGGUAGCUGCCUGCCUCUGCCCUUAAAGUGGCAGGCACCCAAAGGUGCACUGCCACAAUGGGGUAUGGAGUCUGGGAGCAAGGGCAAGCAGUGGUCAGGUGGAAGAGAAGUGGUGGGGCAUGGAGAUCUGUGGUGGCAGCAGGACUAUCCUACUGCUUGGAUUCCAGCUUUCUAGCAUCUAAUCCCCAAAAACUCUUGUCCUCCCUUCUUAUGAGAGAGGUAGAGAAGAUUGGGGCUUGAAGAGCCAGAAUUCCAGUUUUGGUGGCAGGUGCAGUGUGCGGGAAUCUUGGCAUGGAGUGUGCAAUCCCCCACUUAGGACCUGACAGUGCCCCAGUACCAGGAGGAUCCUAGGACCUGAAAGUGCCUAAGUAACAGAGUGGCUGGGAGCAGGACUCUGUAGCUGACCUUCAGUCAGCCCAUCAGCCUGUCCAUCCCACUCCCCCUCUACCCCUUCUGGAGGUGGGGGAACACGGGAAAGCAGAGUGCUGUGGGAUUCUGAAAAACCUGUGGGUCCCCUAUCACUGUGCAGACAGUAAUAGUAGUAGUAGUGAAGUGCCUCAAAAUAGUAAAUCAUAUCAAGAAUUACUGUUUUAGAGUGCUUCAGCUGCUUUUGGAAUGUCUGUACAUGUGGCUCUUUGAAGUGUUUCAGAGGCAUUUGAAAUUCUUCAAGUGUUACAUCUGACCUGGGAGUUUCAAUUUACAAUUUAAAUCAUAUUUAAAAAAACCCCAAAGCUUCUUACAUGGUCAAAGACUCAGAUUCCAGCUUCUAAAAGAGUAUCUAAAAGAGUAGUAUUCCCUAAAGAAAAUUUCCUUGGCUGCCAACAUGUACAAAAAUGGGGGAAGGGUUAACACCUGCUUUAUAUUCAUAAUUAUAGUGCUUAAUUUUAUGCAUGCAGAUGCCUGCAGGUAUGCUGUGUACAAUCUCACAUACAUGGUCAUCUUUUCAAAAAGUAUGCAGAAAGGUUGCUGGGACAAGCUUUCUCUAGUUUAAAAUGACUCCAAUGAUUAGGUCAUGCUAAUGAUUACACCGUAGGUGCUAAUGCCUAGCUGCUCAAAACCUGCAUACUGUGCGCUGGUACUCGAUUGUAGUUUUAUAAAGAGUAGGUUGGUUUCUUUCAGUGAAUGUCUUGAGUCUCUGCAUGUACAGUAAAUAUGUUACUGUUUCAACAGGUCCUGCAAUGGCUGCAGGAGUCUUGCUGCAAAAUCCGUUACCUUACUCUUCCCUGUUAGAGAGCAGUGCAUAUCUUGCAAGUAUGAGUUCAGAAAGUGCAAUGCGCCCAACUGCAAAAUAUACGAAAGUAGGGGAGCGCCUUCGCCAUGUAAUUCCUGGUCAUAUGCAGUGUUCAAUGGCAUGUGGUGGACGUGCUUGUAAAUACGAAAAUCCAGCUCGAUGGAGUGACCAAGAGCAAGCCAUUAAAGGGCUUUACUCUUCUUGGAUAACAGAUAACAUAUUGGCAAUGGCUCGUCCCUCAACAGAAAUCAUUGAAAAAUAUAGUAUCAUUGAGCAAUUUGAAAGAUGUGGCAUAAAAACAGUAAUUAACCUUCAGCGUCCUGGAGAGCAUGCUAGCUGCGGGAAUCCGUUGGAGCAAGAGAGUGGCUUCACCUACCUUCCUGAAGCUUUCAUGGAAGCUGGAAUUUAUUUUUAUAAUUUUGGAUGGAAAGAUUAUGGUGUGGCAUCUCUUACCACUAUACUCGAUAUGGUAAAAGUGAUGGCAUUUGCCUUGCAGGAAGGGAGGGUAGCUGUUCAUUGCCAUGCAGGACUUGGCCGAACAGGUGUUUUAGUAGCUUGCUACUUAGUUUUUGCAACAAGAAUGACUGCAGAUCAAGCAAUUCUUUUUGUUCGGGCAAAAAGGCCUAAUUCUAUUCAAACUAGAGGACAGUUAUUAUGUGUAAGAGAGUUCACUCAGUUUUUGAUCCCUCUGAGAAAUGUUUUUGCUUGUUGUGAGCCCAAAGCACACGCAGUUACUCUGUCCCAGUACCUGAUCCGUCAGCGGCAUCUGCUUCAUGGUUAUGAGAGUAGACAUCUCAAGCAUGUGCCAAAACUUAUUCAUCUAGUUUGCAAGCUUCUUUUGGACUUGGCUGAAAACAGGCAGGUGAUAGAGGAAGAACUGUUAGACAUACCAGAUCUCUCAGCUGAAAUCGAAAAGACUGUUUCUCAGUUGCUCUCUACACAACUAGAUAAAGAGUUAACAAGACAGGACAGUGAUGCAUCAGAUUCAUUCUCCCACUCGGUGAGAGAGAAUCCUUUUGAGACCCAAGAUUCUGUUUUCUCACUUGAACACGAAUGUGAUCCUCUGUGGAAGAGAAGGAAUGCUGAAUGCCUUCAGCCUCUGACUCAUCUGAAAAGGCGUCUAAGUUACAGUGACUCAGAUUUGAGGAGAACUGCAUUUCUCUUCGAACAGGGAGAAACUCCAUGGACAGUGCCUGCACAAAUACUACUCUGCAACAAACUUAAACGACCUAACAAUGGGGAACAUUGUUUUACUGCAGGCAAUCAAAAGCCUCAGCUGGACUUAAACAAAGAAGCUUUUGUGCGUAGUACAUUUACUUUCUGGAGCCAAGGUAAAUUUAACUUGGAUGGAUCCAUCCAAAAAGAUGGAUCUGCACUUUAUCAUAGAAAAAAAUCUCCAAAAGAAGUACAGCGUAGUAGAACCUUUUCAGCAGGUCUUACAUAUGUACAUAAUGCUAGGGACCCCAGAACACCAAAGUGUAAUUUUGCCAAAGACAUGGGUCACAAAGAACAAAAGACUAAUAUACAUGGCAAAAUAAUUUGUGCAUCUGAGGACUCCGAUUGUUCUUCUAAAGAAGAAUGCUCUCUUGGAUGUGAAAGCCAAGAUGGUAAAGAUCUAUCAGAAACAAUUCCACACAUUAUUUUGCAAUCAGAAUUGAGUCUGGAGGCACGAAGAAUUUUGGCAGCUAAAGCUCUUGCAAAUUUAAAUGAAUUUGUGGAAGAGGAUGAAUUGAAGCAGAAGGUAGAAAUGUGGCAGAAAGAACUGAAUUCUCGAGAUGGAGCUUGGGAUAAAAUAUGUGCUGAGAGAGAUCCUUUUAUUCUUUGCACAUUGAUGUGGUCCUGGAUAGAGCAACUGAAGGAACCUCUUAUAUCCCAAGAGGAUGUGGAUAUGUUGGCAAAAAAGUGCAUAGAAUCACAGGCAACACUUAACUUACUAGAAAAGGAACAAUAUCAAACUAUUCUUUGUAUUUUACAUUGUGUAGUGAAUUUGCAAAUGAUACCAGCUGAUGUGGAGGAAGCUUUACUUGCUCGGGCCAUUAAAGCUUUCACAAAGAUGAGUUUGGAUUCUGAAAAUGGACCAUAUGUUUACAACACCCUGAGGAAACUAUUUAAACAAACACUGGAAGAAAAAAGAAGGGGGCUUAAAGAAGGAAUGGAAAUCCCAUUGUAAUGUUUACAGAGUUAUGCUGAGGGAUUUGAUUUCACUUACCAGCUACUGUAUUUUGUGCUAAUUGGCAUGUAUUCCCUAACCUUAAUUAGCUAUCAAAGAUGUGUUUUUGUUUCAAAAGGGAUCUGUAGUGAGACUAAUUCUAGUUACACAUAUUGAAACUGAUAUUUUUUUAAUGAGUUGCUGCUGUCUGAAUGUACUCUUUGGUUUCAAGCUAUAUUCUUUUGUAUUGUGAACUCUUUGUUUUAAACCUGUAUUUAUUGAUUUAGAAAUCCAUUAUUGGUAAGCUAUAUUUUUCAUGUUAACUGAUUGCCAUAAAUCCAGUGCCAUGUUACAUUUUAAGUGGUUUAAUGUAUUGAAUUAAUAUUUGUGUUAACAAUACAAAUGUUUACAUUAGUGCGAUUCCAUUUUACUUUAUGUUGAAUAAAUAUUGAUGGUGCUCAUAAACUGCA